AUGCGAUACACACACGCGAUCAUUGUUCGUAUACCGAAUGCAGUGAAUGUUGAUGAUAAAAAAGCGAAUAUCGAUUUUAAACUAGCCAAUAAACAACUGGAUGACCUUUCUGAAACACUUCGUGAGGCGGGUGUUGACGUGAUUGAGUUAUCAUCAGAAGAUAAUUGUACACAGCAAAGUUUAUUUAUUGACGAUGCGGCAGUUGUCAUCAACGGUACUGCACUUAUCACCCGACCUAAAAAGAACGGCUCUCGAAUUCAAGAGGUCUUUUUCAUUCAUCUGUUAUUUUUGCAUACACUGAAAUUUCUGUGA